UUCAUUUGUAUCUAUAAAUUCCCUUGUUUCAGGUGGACUUUUACUUGAUAUAUUGGAAAUAAAUUUGUCAACAAAUCCCAGCAUUAAAUUACUAUUUUUUUACAUGUUUAGUUUCUUUGCGUAGGUUAGGCCGAAUUACCAUAUCCGUUCUGUGUACUCACACAAUUGUUUAUCCGAAGAUUGAUGGAAAGUAUUCAGACAUUUUCUUUGAUCAUGCAAAGUUAAAAUUUUCCUGUUUGCCUCUGUAAAUAAAUACUAAAAUUUCCCAAAAGUUGCGUUCUUCCUAAAUCUUUCAAAUGCGUUGUCUAUACCUGAUUAAAGAUUUCGAGUUUGAGCGGUAAAAAAGUUCUAUGAAGACGCAAUAUGUGCAUUCAGUAGUAUAGAGAAAUAAUGAUAAUUAUAUCAUCUAAAGCAAACUACGAACUUAACAUUGCGUUGAUACCAAGUAUAUAUUCAGUGUAAACAUUUGAUGCGGAAGGGAGUUCUUUAUGUCGCUGAAAGUUUGAGAGUGAAUCAAAACUAAAAAAAGAUAAAAGAGGGACAUGGUUACCUUGUAUUUAACACAACUAACUAUUGUGUCACAUGUUCUUCUGACAAACGUUUACUCGGAAGACUAUAAGCAAAUAGAAGGCAAUGCGAUUGGAUGUCCAUCAUUAAAUAUAACCCAUGGUUGUAGAGCAACAUUUGUGAACGGAUCUGCAAGUAAAUUAGGUGAUUUUAUGGCGUGUGGGAGUAUAAUAAGAACAUGGCUUUUUGGAACAUUCGGUGUUUACAGAUACAUUCGGUGUCAGGAAGAUGGUCAUUACAAUGCAACAACGUUCUGCCUUUCUGAAGACUAUCUAACUAGAUGCAAUACUAACAACUUUAAAUUUGUUCGUCAUCUAAUUCUGAGCCCAAAUCAGUCAACUUUUCUAACGGGGCGUGUUCUACAUUUUAGCUGUGAGCCAGGAUUUUUGCUGGAAGGUCCUACAAGCAUAUACUGUAAAACAAAUGACACUUGGAGUGAAAAGAGAAUACCAAGAUGUAGUGGAUGUCCUCAUCCAGGACAUCUCGGUAAUGGUUAUUAUAUAAAUAGUAUAGGCGUUACUUACGUUGAGGGUGUUAAAGCUGUUAAUGAAAUAAUUACAAUACAUUGCAAUAGAAACUUUACAUUGCAAGGCGGUCGCCGUAGUAGAACUUGUCUAAAGGACGGUGGUUGGAGUAAUGGUGGUCAAGCUUGUGUUGGUGCAUCAUGCAAACCUCCUGAAAACUUUACAUCAAAUGGCACGUAUACCUUCCCUGAUGGUGCAAAUGUGACAUCAAGAAUCAUUCAAAUUGGAGAUAAGCUUAUUCUAACGUGCGAACAGGGAUUUUCGUCAAUGGAAAAUGAUUAUGCAGUAUGUCAAAAAGGGGGAAAGUUCUCUUAUGGUACUGGUCACGGCUGUCGAAUUGUAAAUUCUACAAAUCAAGUGAAAAUUGAAAAUGAUCACGGACAAAAGAAACGAAAUGACCAAAAAGUGAAAACUGCAAUAAUUGGCGCGGUUUCUGGAUUUAUCAGUAUCGUCUUGGGGACUGGUAUAACGGUAUUUGUCAUUUUCAAGAGAAGACUGGCUGCUAGAGAGAAGGACAAACAAAAGUCAAACUAUGAUAGCCUUACAGAUGUCCAAGGAACUGCCGAUGAUCACUAUGAAGAAUUACAAACAGUGAUUCCAGAAACUGGUGCUGUAUAUGUGUUAGCAUGAAGAGUGUCCUGUUGACAACAUUUUCCAACAACAAGUAAUUAUUUAUAAAACUUUAACACGAUUGAUACGCAUAUAGUUUGCUCCCUAUACGUAACAUCGUUAUUACAGGAAAGUAUAUGUGAACAACACUUUAGAACUUUUUAUUUCAUGUUAUUGCUAUGAAAUAAUGACUUUUGAAUCGAGAAAUAUGCCAUAAAUAAUGAGAUGCAGUUUUUUAUGAAAAGUUACGCAUUCUUAAGAAUUGA